AUGUCACUUCAGCAACAGAUCCAAAAUGAAAGCGAACAAUUUCAAGCUCUUUUCGAUCGUUUAUCUGAUACACAAUCGAGCGAAGCUGCACAAUCAGAAGCCCGGUCAUACUUAAUAUCUUGCCAAAAUCGAGCUCUUCUUAUACAAGAGAAGAUUGAUACGUUCAAUGCAGCAGCCGACAAGGAGCACAAACGUUUAGUCGGCAUUCAAGGGCAUGGCGUCAAACAUAUUUGGUACAAGCUUCGAGGUCAACUCAAACAACGCUUAGAUGAACAAGAAAAGAAAUGGUUGUGCGAGUUUGAAAAGUGUAAAGAAGAAGAACAACGCUUAGCUGCUGUGCAAGAACAAAUCAAUUCUACUCAGAACCAUUUACAUCGAUGUAAAAUCGCCUACGAAGAGUAUGUAAAGACCAAGCGAGCACUAGAUGAACUCUUUGAACGUUUCUUUGCUGGUGUUACACCUUCAUAUCCGGAUGAAGAUACAAUGGAACAAAACUUGAAAAGAGAAAAAGAGUGUCUCAUCACCCUACAGAACAAUCACCGCAAUUUAACGCACAUCUUUCAUCUACUGCGAAAAGCUCAUCGAGCUGUCAUUGUCGCUCGACGAGCACUCAAUGACGCACUGGACAUGAACACUAUCGAUUUGUUCACUAAUUCUGGAAUUGUCGACAUAUUCGUGAGUUCCGACUUGGCUAAAGCUAGAAAUGCCGCAACUCAAGCACAACAGUUCAUCAACGAAGCUAGUUGUUUGUAUCCACAUAUGGCAUAUGUCGGUGAUCUACAUAUCGAGCAAGAUAACCUUAUUUUUAAUAUGUUAUUUGACAAUAUUUGGACUGAUUUGAAUAUGCGAAAAAAGAUUCGCGAAGCAUCGGAUCGCAUCUCUCGAGCAGACACAGUUUUGGCGCGUAUAUUAUUAGAAAUUCGACAAAAGUUAGAUAAAUGUGAAGCUGAUCGUGAGCAGACGAGCAAAAAUGUGAAACAAUUGGCCGAGGAACAUUUUAGUGCACGAAUCGCUAUUGUCCGAAAUAUUAUAGAACCACCGCCUCGAUAUUCUGCUGUAUAA